AAAGCGAACUCCAGUCGUUGUGCGGCGCGCAACCUGUUAGCAUCGCGAUCUUAACGUUUUUUGUGUACGAUCAUUUCUCUGUUCGCCAUCGGGCACGAUUUACCGAGCAAACGUCACGCGUGAUCGCAGAUCCGAUCUCAUCCACCUCCGAUCUUCGGCCUUCCAUCGAAGGCGCAUUAAAAAUUGGUGAUAUCAGCUCAGGGAAGGUAGUCACGCUGACUCCGGGUUGACGAACCUUUUGAAAGAGGCGGACACGUCGCGUCGGUUCCGUGAAAAUGCAACGCCUCGUUCGAUUAACAUGCAAUAUACCUGAGGAGCACGCGUACGUCACGUAACGUGGUACGCCGUGUAAAAAUUCUCGCUGUUCGCCAGUAGAAAGGAGAACGAUCGAAAAAAAGAUCUAGGUGUGUAAUUGAAACGACGCGACGCGAACCGAGUCGACGACGACUUCGGCACUGGUCAAGCUCGAUCGACGGAAUCGUGUUUCAAUCUCGAGUCAGGCGAUUUUAAUGCGCGAAGCGUAGAUCGCGCAGUGGAUCGCCGAGCGAGGCACGUCGCGAGUGCGCGAUCGAUGCUCGAUCGUACGGAUAAACUCGUUCGUCGUCAGUGAUUCUGUGCGAGGAGGAUCUGUUCCGAGAAGAAGCAACGCGAGCACCCUGGAUACUUGGUGCGUUGGUGACCGAUACGAUUCGUUUUGUGUAGCUAGUUUGAUCCGGAAGCCGCUAUAUUGGAGAAGAAGCGAGAGAGCGGCGUGCCGCUCUUCUGUGUACCGCGGCAGAGGCGAUCGUCGCAGCCCGAAAAUAAUGAAGAGAUGAUCGCAAGCUUACCGAUACACAGUGGCGGCGGUGGCGGAGGAGGCAGCAGCGGAGGGCCGAGUAGUCGCGUGGCUCGAGGACUGGCCCUUCACAGGUCGAACUCCAGCCUGGAGCUUCCUCACAGUCCGGAUCCGGCGUCUCGCGUUCCGGACACUCCCCUCAGAAGGGAGUAUGGAUCCCAUGGUAGCAUCGACGUGGUAGCCCAGUCGGGAUCGGUCGGGGAGAACCUGUUUGCGAAGCAUCAGGAUUUGAGGCCUGGGGUGCCUUCGUCGGCGGAUCAACGGAAUUCCGUCGGCGUUGAGUACCUGAGACGCGUAGCGGAUGGUCAGGCCGUUGACGUGGACGAGGUUGUCUGCGAUACGACGGGUAACUCGAGUCCGAAGCUGCGAUUGAAGCUGCACAGGUUGUGGGGCGCCAAGACGACGCCGUCUAGGCCGAUGGAGGAGAGCUGCUCGAGUCCCGUCGUCUCGGCCGAUGUCGAGGAGAGGCAUAGGAGACGGGCGUUCGCGCACUACGAUUGCCAAUCUCUGACGGCGAAUCUUGGCUAUGCAGCUAAGCUUAGGGGCAUUUUACUAGCGAGGAGAAGAAACACGGCGACCGGCGCUUCGGCCGCGAGUUCGUUCAGAGCAUCUACCCCUGAUGAGACGCCGGAAGAAGACGCAGGAGAUGGGAAAGGUGUAGGUAACGAUUUACUGGAAUCGUGCCCUUUCUUCCGAAACGAGAUCGGAGGGGAGGGUGAACGGGAAGUGGGCCUCACUCGGUGCUCCCAAGGCAACGGGGUUCACAGACCCUCCCUAUCGUACGGAGUCGCGGUUUUGGAACCGGCCCCCGGUGAAACAUCGUGGAAGCAUACUUGUCCCCUGCAGAAACGACCGCUUCCCAUCGAAAGCGUCGACGAAGGCGCUCAUUAUUACAGACGAUAUUUUCUCGGCCGAGAACAUCAAAAUUGGUUCGGCAUGGACGAGCAGCUAGGUCCGGUCGCUAUCAGUAUUCGAAAAGAUACGAAUCAAUAUAGGAUAAUAAUUCGCACCUCGGAAUUAUUGACGCUCCGUGGUUCUGUGCCAGAGGAGGCUCUCGGCGGUAUCAGGCCACAGGGCCGGCUCCCGACCAGAGAAUUGUUGGAAUUGGUCGCGCCAGAGGUUCAACUUGGCUGUCUCCGAUUAGGUACUCCCGCUGCCGAAGAAGCUCUGGCCAGACUGGAUGAACAAGGACUCUCCAGUAGAUACAAGGUCGGCGUUCUCUACUGUAGGUCUGGUCAGAGAACCGAAGAGGAAAUGUACAACAAUCAGCACGCCGGGCCUGCUUUUCUCGAGUUUCUCGACACCAUUGGCCAAAGAAUAAGACUGCGAGGGUUCGACGGUUACAAGGCUGGUUUAGACACGAGGACCGAUUCGACGGGUACUCACGCGGUCUCUGCGACACAUCGAGGAUCGGAAGUCACUUUUCACGUGUCCACGAUGUUACCGUUCACGCCGAACAACAGGCAACAGCUGCUCAGGAAGAGGCACAUCGGAAACGACAUAGUGACCAUCGUCUUUCAGGAGCCUGGCGCAUUACCCUUCAGUCCGCGGAGGAUACGCUCUCAGUUUCAGCACGUAUUCAUCGUGGUCAGAGCCAUCGAUCCGUGUUCCGACAACACACGGUACAGCAUCGCGGUCUCUAGAAGCAAGGAGGUACCGAUUUUCGGACCGCCCGUACCACCGGGCGCUACGUUCAACAAGGGAAAAGCAUUCGCCGACUUCAUCUUGGCGAAAGUAAUAAACGCGGAAAACGCGGCGCACAGAUCUGAAAAGUUCGCGACCAUGGCAACCAGGACGAGGCAAGAGUACUUGAAGGACCUCGCUAGUAAUUAUUCUUCCACUACUGUGGUCGACACCGGACAAAAAUUUUCUAUGCUGUCGUUCAGCAGCAAGAAGAAGACGGCGGUGCGACCGAGACUAUCUUGCGACGCGUCGCAACGCGGUGCGAUAUGCUGGCAAGUGAUAUUGGAGGACAGCAAUCAGAAUACAGACUGCUACUUAGGCAUAAGCGUAGACACGAUCGUCCUGAUCGAGGAACAUUCCAGGCAAAUCGUAUUUGCCACUGCUUGCGUAAGCGUACUCGGUUGGCACGCGCAGACAAACAGCUUGAGAUUGUACUAUCAUCAGGGAGAAUGUAUCACGAUCCACGUGCGCGGUGAUUACGGAGAAAGGGACGAGCUGAUGGAGAUAGUGGCUCGUCUGCGUGCCGUGACUACGGGAGCGCCCGCGACUGAGCUUUCCUUGAAGAGGAACAGCCUUGGACAGCUAGGUUUCCACGUGCAGCCGGACGGAGUGGUGACCCAGGUCGAAAGUAUGGGACUCUCCUGGCAAGCGGGUUUGAGACAAGGUUCCAGACUCGUCGAAAUUUGCAAGGUGGCCGUGUCUACCUUGAGCCACGAUCAGAUGGUAGACUUACUGAAGACGAGCGCUCAGGUCACUGUCACCGUAAUACCACCGAACAACGAUAGCAACGCCAGAAGAGGUUGCACGCUGCAGAAUUGUCAGUACUUGUCGAACAGCUACGAAGGGGAUUACGAGAACGUCACGAGUCCCGACAACCCACCCGGUCAGCAAACCGCGAUGUCUCAUCAGAGACGAUACGAGAGAUCGUUCAGUCCGCCCCGAUCGAGCAACAGUUCCGGUUAUGGAACGGGAUCUAGUUCUAGGUCGUUCAACGACCCGCGGUUCCCUAUGGAGGGCACGAUGACGAGCAGCAGCAGCGGGCACAGCAGCAACGAUGAUCGCUGGUACGAGUUAUUGGAGCCACAGGAUCAGGAGGGUAACGGUGGCGGUACUCCUCCGCCUCCGCUGCCAGCGAGGCAGUCCUAUCAGAUGAUCAAGUCUAGCUCUCAGAAGAAGGAGAAGGAGUCGCAUUACGCCAGCGCGAAGCAAUUCGCGGAGAACUCGAAGCAUCACGGGCAGCACGAUCAUUACGCGAAAGAGAGCAACUACGUGUCGCCAAAGUCUCUACAGGAGAGCGCGAGACAUGAGAAUUAUCAGAGGCACGUGGAGAAUACUCACCGGGGCCAAGAUCACGUUCCAUCGAAUUACGUGAAGCUACAGAAAGAGAAGUACGAGAUCAAGCAGGAAAAUCUCUACGCGUCACAAAGGGAAUUGCAUAAGAACGUCGAGGGACACUACGUUUCUCAUCAAAAACUGACCACCUCCAACUCGUUGCCGUUGCCGCAGAACGCGACUUACAGUCUCCCAAAGUCCGGAAGUAACAAUAACGUCGGUAGAUGCAACGACCACGAGUAUGACUACGAAUACGAAUACGAUUACGAGGGGAAACCGGAAAGAAAUUCCAAGUACCAGCCACAAGAGGAGAAGAUCUUGGAUCGUGCAACAUGUAAAUACGAGCCGGACGCGAGAGGCCAUGAGAAGAGAACGAUCAACUACGAGUACGCCGAGGAAGUAUACGAGAGGAGGAACAGCAAGUACGAUAUGGAUAUGGCGAAGUACGACAUCGAGUGUCAACAGCAGGUGAAUGAGAGGAAACACGCGGACACUGCGGAACAGAAUCGGGAAUCGAUCAGGUACGAACUGCCGCACGACUUCAAAGUCGGCGAGAAAGUCACUUGUUUGAAGACUACCAUCACUGAGAGGCCCGUUCCUCAUAAGAUAAACGUCGAGUAUCGUCAAACGAAAGAUUACACCGCGAGUCUACCGCCGGAAGUGAGAAUUGGAGACGCGGGAGUCAACUGCCCGGAAGUAGGGAUGCUGCCGAGCGAGGACGAAUUGUCGAACGGAUCUGGAAGCGUGUCACCUAGGCUGAGAAGAGUGAACAAGCACAGGACUGGAAAUCUGACUCCUUCCAGCGGUAGCUCGAGGAACCAAAGCCCCAGACCGAAAACGGGAGUAAGAAACUCUCACAGGAACUCGGCGAAUCUGACCUCAAGUACGCUUCAAGAGGAUCUUAUGAAGCUGAUCAAUCCUGAUUAUAUUGCUGAUGAUGAUCAGAUAACGAACAACAACGUUCCUGUGACCGGGAACACAUUGAUCGGUAAUCAAAAUGCGAACAAGAUUAACAACAAUAUACUCGAGAUUCAGAACAGAUGUAGAUCGAGAGAGAAUCUGUGUGGUAAUGGCGGGAACGCGUUGACCGUUCUACCUGCGAACGGGCAAGAAAACGGAAAUGGGAACGGGUCGGAAGUGAUCCUGACGAUGGCCAGGCCGGCCACGGUGAUCUCGAACGCGAGCACCGCGUCGAGUCCUGCGCCGAGCGAGAACAAACUCUCAAAGGAAGAGAGAUUGUCACCGCGCGUUACCAAACCUCCGCAUUCGAUUUCCAAAGCGCCGAACAACUCGUCUUCCGUCAAAGACCCGAAAAAUCUUAACGACACGGACGUGGAUCGUUGGCAGAAUCACCACAUCGAUCCUCGAUCGAAGCAGCACGGGCAAGAAUGGUCCGACGACAGACUUAUCGAUGGAUGCAAUACCAUUGCAAAUUCCGUACUACAGUCUCAUUUAUCGACCCUCGAGCAGCGAGUGGCCAGAGAAACGCGUCGGAGGCUUUCCCUGGAGGACGAGGUGCGUCGCCUGCGAGACGAAAAUCGUCGCCUUCAGGACGAGAGCCACGCGGCCGCGCAGCAACUUCGCCGCUUCACCGAAUGGUUCUUUCAAACGAUAGAUCAUCAGUAAUUAACCGUACCGUUUAUUUUGCUUAUUUCAUUCGACGAUCGUGCCAGAAUCCAGAAAUCGUGAUCGUCCAUCUGCGCGGUAAGAACAGUAUUAAUUUCACACUUCGUACGUCGACCGUGUAUUUUAAAGAAUAAGAUGCGAACCGACGGUAUCUCGAGGCGGCUCGCGCCUAUGUUUUUGUAUACGUAGACACUGUUUUGUAUCAUAAAGAUUGGUAUAGUUGUAAAGAUACGAUGUAAGUUACCAUCGCGUAGCUGAUCGUUGACGAUGCGCAUCGUUAAAGAUAGCACGUCGAUCACCUUCGUCGAUUAUCUUUUAAUUCGAAAAGGACCAAAUAUUACUAUAUAGUUGCUUAAGAAUCACCUUAAUUCUAAUUCAUUCGUAAUUUAUUACGUGUUCUUUGUAUUGUUAAUUAAUUAGAUUAAGAGUUAAGCGAAACGGCAGGGAUCAUUUCGUGCGUGCGUCGAGUCGUUCCUCCGCGCACGAAACGCAAUGCCGAUGGUUCGCCUCGACCGAUUUCAAGUCGUUACUGUGAGGCUUACGCGUUCGUUAAUCGCAAGAAUUAUUUUAUUUUAUUUUAUUCGUAAACCAUACACGCAUUACGUCGAUGAAAAACUUUGUAAAUUGAUAAAAUGAGUCGAUAAUAAAAUGAGAUGCACACCACAGG